AUGGAUUCUCUAGGCGGCGGCAUCGCCAAUGCGGACCUGAGCAAGCUGUCCGAUCGCGACAAGCAGGAACUCCAGCAAUUCGCCAUGAACGAGGGACAGAAGGCUAGGAUUCAAUCUUCCAUACACUCCUUGACCGACACAUGUUUCCGCAAGUGCAUCCCCGCGGGGACCGUUAAGAACGGCAAAUUGGAUAAAUACGAGGAGCCAUGUAUGAGGCAAUGUGUGGACCGAUUCUUGGAUGCGAAUAUGGUUGUGCUGCGGGAGUUGGAGAGACUGAGGGGAUAA